GAGCGUGAGGUGGCACCGCGCCAGCUGUAUGCCACCGGCCGCUCCCGGUCACCCUCAUCCCCGGCCGCCUAUAUAAGGUCGCCUCCCUCUCCCUCUCGCCGUCGAGGCCGACACGUCCACAUCGCUAGCUAAUCCGCACGCGCCGCCGCCACCGCCGCCAUUAGAGCAGACGCGAGGUCGCUUGCCUUCGGGGAGGGGGGGCUUUUGAUGAUGGGGGUGGAGGCGGAGUGCGAUAGGAUAAAGGGGCCGUGGAGUCCCGAGGAGGACGAGGCGCUGCGGCGGCUGGUGGAGCGGCACGGGGCGAGGAACUGGACGGCGAUCGGGAGGGGGAUCCCGGGGAGGUCGGGGAAGUCGUGCAGGCUGCGGUGGUGCAACCAGCUGUCGCCGCAGGUGGAGCGGCGGCCGUUCACGCCGGAUGAGGACGCGGCGAUCCUCCGGGCGCACGCGCGGCUGGGCAACCGGUGGGCCGCCAUCGCGCGGCUGCUCCCCGGGCGCACCGACAACGCCGUCAAGAACCACUGGAACUCGUCGCUCAAGCGGAAGCUCGCCACCGCCGCCACGUCGUCGGCGGAGGUGGCCGAGGGCGGUGGAGAGGUCGACCCCCGGCCGUGCAAGCGCGCCAGCCCCGCGCCGGCGAGCCCGACGGGAUCGGACCGCAGCGAGCUCAGCCACAACGGCGGGUGCGGCAGCUGCCAGGUGUUCCGCCCGGUGCCCCGCCCGGGCGGCUUCGACGCCAUCGCCGCGGCGGACGUCGCGCGGCCGUCCCCGCCGCGGCCGCGAGACGACGACCACGACCCGCUCACCUCCCUCUCCCUCUCGCUCUCCCUCCCGGGGCAGCAGCAGCAGCAGCAGCAGCACGACCAGGGCUUCCACCACGACAGCGCCCGGAGCCACUUCCAGGAGCUCUCCCCCUCCCGCUCCCCCUCGCCGCCGUCGCCGGCGGCUCCUCCACCUCCAUACCCAUUCAACGCCGAGCUCGUCUCCGCGAUGCAGGAGAUGAUCCGCGCGGAGGUGCGCAACUACAUGGCCGGCGUGGGGCUCCGCGCCGGCUGCGGCCCGGGCGCCGUGGCCGAGUCCUGCAUGCCGCAGCUCGUCGAGGGCGUCAUGCGCGCCGCCGCCGAGAGGGUCGGCAUAGUGACCCACCAAUAAACAAACCAAAACCAAAAAAAAAAUAGAGAAAAAAAUCAAAUCAAAGAUCCCGGUGCAAAUUCACCCCAAACCCGGCGAAGUUCACCUGUCAACUAUGUGAUCUCGUGUAGUAUUAAUUAGCGGUAGAAUUCUCCUGUUCAUCUUUGGAUCUCUUCUGUAAUUUGGAGUAAAUUCUUCUGCUGCUCUGAAACAGAGCAGCGAAGUGAGGUAGUGAACAAAAAAUUCAGAAGCGAAAUGCCAUCUUGCUACUACUUGUA